CGGUCGCCAAGCCGUGGCCAAGCCGGCCGGCGUCGCAGUGGUGCAGCUGCGCUUGGAGGACACAGUCGUGUGAGGCACUGCACUCUCUGUACCGGCACCACAUCCCGCACUUCGAACGCAAAUUCGCUUGGAGAAUGCAUCCUCCCGCUCGCACACGCAGACACACAGGGGUGAGCGGCAACUGCGUGAUGCGAGACGUGGCACCUCCGGAAAGGAGUGACGUCGUUUCUGCCCCUGCCGGUGCAUGUUGCAUCACUUUGGUAUCAACUCGCUCCGGGAGACCCUUCUCAUUGAACCGUGAUCAGAUGUGGCGGUCAGAACGUCGUGGUGGCCGGGGUGGGCGGCGGGGCAAAUAGGUCCUUCACGACAUCCCCCUGGGGUCCCCCUGGUCGGUGCGCCUUCACGGCGAAAAAAAAAACAACUACAGCAACAAGAAAUGUCUGUGGAGCCCGAUGACGCUGUUCAAGGCCACCUGGCCUCUAAUUCCAACAAUCCCAUGUGGUCGCAGCCGAUGGCGAUCGAAGUGGAUGAGUUGAGCCAAAGGUUGCAGGGGACGGGCAUAUCGGAGGAGGAGUCCAUGCUCUGCGUGCAGAGGCCGCCCUCGCCAGAGCUCGUGAGCGAUGAAGAUUGGAUACAGAUUUGCGAUGAUCUUGAUCCGGAGAACCCAAAAAGAGAACAUUAUCUGGAGGUCUUGCGUUCUGCCGCCAUUGAACUUUCUGCUCCGGAGAGCCCCAAAACAGAACAUUAUGUGGACGUCUUGGGUUCUGCCAGUCCUGUCGGCGGCGGCACCUCCUCCAGCACUGAUCAACUUUCUCCUAUGCCGGAGAGCCCGCGUUCUGCCAGUCCCGUCGUCGAAAUCCUCGCCCUCGCCUCCCUCUUGGUGGCAGCCCAGCCCAGCAGCCCUCCAUCCCCAGUCGACGAAGCCAUGGACACCUCCGCCGCCUCCGCCGCCACGGACCCACCCGCCGAGGAGACUGCUUGCGAGCGCCCCAGCCGAGUCGGCCGCCGCACGAGGUCCACCGCCAAGAAGGACAUGACCGCCGGGAGCAAGGAAGACGCCACGGCCAGAAAACGGCGAGGCCGCCGGCCGGCCGCCGCGACGAACAAGAAAACUGGGCAGCGGACGAAGAGGCGCUCCCCAGUUCUAGAGUGCGACCUUCGCUGCGAGCAGUGCGACAAGAAGUUCAAGAGAAGGGACUACCUCCGGCGACACGAGAAUCUCGUCCACAAGAAUCUGAAGCCCAAGUGCUCCGAGUGCGGAGAAGAGUUCAGUGGCAGGACGAUCCUGACUCGCCACAUGAAGACGAUACACGGGCUGAACGCCCAGGGCGAGCUGCUGUACCAGGCCAAGACGCAGUGCGACUACCCCGGCUGCGACUUCCGCACCCACCGCCCGGCGGACAAGCUAAGGGCCCACAUCGAGAGCGUGCACAAGGACAAGCUUCACCAAGUCUUGCGGUGCAGGCUGACGCGCGGACAAGUGGCACCUGUGCCGUGCAAGUUCAUUUUCUUCUCGGAGAAGUGCAGGACGCAGCACGAGGAGCGGCGCACCGCGGGCCACACCCGGCAACCCGAGCAACCCGAGCAAUCCAGCUGCAACCGCGAGGAGUAGUCGCUCUACCAAUCAACUGUCAUAUGGCAUAUAUUACAUGUUUGUUUCUUUUAUUUGACGAUUGAGCGGUCAGUUCUCCUUGUAUUAAGAGUGAUGACCACUUCUUCGCCAGUAAUUUUAUUCUUGUUUUUUAUUUCUUAAUAAAUGCAAUAAGUUUUUUCCUCUGCC